AUGUUCCGGACGAGCGUACGACGGUUCACAACCACAGCCUGGAGGUCGGCAGAAGCGAUCGCGCAAAUGGAAACACGGAUAAAGCGCAACAUCGAAAUUUCAAAAGCGCAACGCAUUGCGCAAAGAGGUCUCGUUGAUGCAAUUGGAAAUACUCCCCUUAUUCGUAUGAACCAUAUCUCUGACCAGACAGGCUGCGAAAUUCUUGGAAAAGCAGAGUACCAAAACCCCGGUGGCUCUGUGAAGGAUCGCGCCGCGCUCUUCGUCGUCGAACAUGCCGAGAAGCAAGGGCUUUUGCGAGCGGGUGGCACUGUCGUAGAGGGCACCGCUGGCAACACCGGAAUUGGUCUUGCACAUGUCUGUCGCUCGAAAGGAUACAAGCUCGUCAUCUACAUGCCAAAUACGCAAUCGCAGGGCAAGAUAGACCACCUCCGUCUGCUCGGUGCAGAGGUAUACCCCGUUCCUGCGGUCGCAUUUGAAAAUCCCGAGAAUUAUAAUCACCAGGCGAAGCGCCACGCUGAGAGCAUGAAUAAUGCAGUUUGGACAAACCAGUUCGACAAUACAGCGAAUAGGCAGGCGCACAUCGAGACUACUGGGCCUGAGAUAUGGUACCAGACUGAGGGGAAGCUGGAUGCAUUCACAUGUGCCACUGGUACAGGUGGCACGCUGGCAGGCGUGACGCGGUACCUGAAAGAGAAGUCUGACGGCCGCGUAAAGUCUUUCCUUGCCGAUCCUCCGGGGUCAGUCCUGCAUUCAUACAUCCAGUCGGGCGGUAAGCUUACAGAGCGCGCCGGUGGCUCCAUAACAGAAGGAAUAGGCCAAGGUCGUGUUACUGACAAUUUGAAACCCGACAUCGAUCUUCUCGACGGCUCUGUGCAUAUUCCAGAUGAAGAGACUAUUGCGAUGGUGUACUCAUGUUUGGAUCAGGAAGGAGUCUACCUCGGCGCGAGCUCGUGUCUGAAUGUCGUAGCUGCGGUGAAGGUAGCCCAAAAACUUGGCCCGGGGCACACUGUUGUGACAAUGCUCUGCGAUGGAGCCUCUCGCUAUGCAGAGCGGCUGUUCUCGCGGAAAUGGCUGGAACAGAAGAACUUGUUAACGUCGAUACCCAAGGGGCUGGAAAAGUAUAUAGUACUGCCAUAG